ACGAGAUGAAAGCAUGGGCAGCGUGGUUGUCUUACUCUCUCUGUGCUUCACAGUGGUCCUAUGUUACAAUGAGGAGGAGAGGCUACUCGACGAUCUGAUGAAGAAUUACAACAAGGACUUACGACCCGCAAGAAAGGAUGGAGACAUUAUCAGUGUCAGCCUGAAAUUAACCCUUACAAAUCUUAUCUCACUGAAUGAACGAAAAGAAGCCUUGACCACCAAUGUCUGGGUUGAAAUGCAAUGGACAGAUUAUCGUCUGAGCUGGAACCCUGCUGCAUAUGGUGGCAUUGAAGUCAUACGUAUACCGUCCACCAUGGUUUGGCUUCCAGAUAUUGGCCUGGAAAACAAUGUGGAUGGCAUCUUUCACAUUGCUUUGUAUGCCAACACCUUGGUUUCUUCUGAUGGUUCCAUCUACUGGCUGCCUCCUGCCAUCUAUCAAAGCUAUUGCCCCGUUGUUGUCACAUAUUUCCCCUUUGAUUGGCAGAACUGCUCCAUGGUGUUUCAGUCCCAGACAUACAGCGCCAAUGAGAUCGAAUUGCUCCUAACAGAGAAAGAGGGGGAGACAAUAGAAUGGAUUGAAAUAGACCCAGAAGCAUUCACAGAAAACGGUGAAUGGGCAAUAAAACACAUGCCCGCCAAGAAGGUCAUAGACCAUCGGUAUACUCCAGAUGACAUCAAUCACCAGGCGAUCGUCUUCUAUCUCAUCAUUCAGAGGAAGCCUCUCUUCUACAUCAUCAACAUCAUUGUCCCCUGUGUUCUCAUUUCAUUCGUUAGUGUCCUGGUUUAUUUUCUCCCUGCAAAAGCGGGAGGUCAGAAAUGUACAGUAUCCAUCAACAUCCUGCUGGCACAAACUAUAUUUCUCUUCCUAAUAGCCAAAAAAAUUCCAGAAACGUCCACAGCUGUGCCACUCAUAGUAAAGUAUUUAACAUUUCUUAUAGUGGUCACAAUCACUAUCGUCGUUAAUGCUGUUGUUGUUUUAAACGUUUCUCUCCGCACUCCAAAUACUCACAGCAUGUCCAGCAGUGUAAGAGAGCUCUUCUUGAAAAAGCUGCCACGGCUUCUUAAAAUGCACCUCCGCCAAAGUGAUAUGGCCCCUGAACCAGCUCCGCUCACACGUCGCAGCAGUUCACUUGGGCUGAUAAUAAAGGCUGAUGAAUACAUGAUGAGGAAGCCACGGAGUGAACUUAUGUUUGAGAAGCAGAAACUGAGAGAUGGGCUUAUGAAGGUCGUGUUUGAAAAAAUCGGUACGUUUCUUUCUCUCUCUGAAUUCUGUCACAGUCUGAGGCAAGCUGCUCCAGAGAUCCGAGACAUAGUGGAAGCUUGUAACCACAUCACAAGGGCCACCAGAGAAAAGAAUGAGUUUAAAAGUGCCAACGAAGAGUGGAUUUUAAUUGGUCGUGUAAUAGACAGAGUCUGUUUCUUAAUCAUGUUCUCACUGUUCAUCCUUGGGUCCAUCGGAACCUUCUUUGCUGGUCACUACAAUCAAGCACCGACACAGCCCUUCCCUGGAGACCCCAAACUCUAUCUGCCACAGUCUCAAGGUUCUACCUGAAAAUAUUACUGCAUCAUUGGGUGAUAUCUGCUCACGAGCCUAGAUAUGAGUCUACCUCAUGGACGACCAAUUAUGUACUCAGUAGAGACUGUGAUCUUUUAGACCUAUUGAUAGAUA